AUGACAAAACAAAGGGAGCCUGAGGUGGUGUAUGUACAGGCCUGUAAGUGCUGCUGCGAAGUCGCAGCAGCAGCAGCAGCAGCAGCAGCAGCACAAGCAGCAGCAGCAGCAGCAGCAGCAGCAGCAGAUGGAGCUGCUGCUGAGGAGUUGUCGGCUGCGCUGUCCCCUGCUUCCUCCUUUGGUUUGCUGCCGCUGCCAUCGCAGCAACAGAGACGAAGAGACUCAGGUGUCUCUCUUUCAUUUGAUUUGUCUCUGCAAGAAGAACUCCUUAGGUUUGACUUCAGCAGACAGUGCAGCAGCUGCAGCAACGCGCUGCCACUGUGCUGCUGCAGCAGCAACAGCAGCAGCAGCAGCAGCAGCAGCAGCAGCAGCAGCAACAGCAGGUGCGACAACACCGCCUGCAAGCCCGUCCUAGGGGGAGCAGCAGCAGCACGAGCGACGCGGCAGCAGCAGCAGCAGCAGCAGCUCUCUCUGCUGCGGGCUCUCUUAAGUUGCUGCAUUGGUAGGCAGCUGAAGUGUCUCCUCAGCAGCGGCUACUGGGCUGAGGGGACCCUUCAGUCUCUUCGCUUCGCCCGUGUGCGUAUCCCCUGCAGCAGCAGCAGCAGCAGCAGCAGCAACAGCAGCAGCAGCAGCAGAGGCAGAAGGGGGCGUGUAGUAAGGCCGGCGCUACUGCUGCUGCUGUUUGACUCGUUGCUGCUGCAGUUAGGAGACCGCUGUCUGCGUCUCUCUGCUGCCUGUAUCCGUCUCUCUGCUGUGUGUCUCCUCACCCCCACGAGCAGCAGCAGCAGCAGCAGCAGCAGCAGCAGCAGCAGCAGGGAUAUAACAUUGUUAGCAACGCGUGCAGCAGCAAAUGCAAUUAAGAAUGCUGCUUAUGACGCCGCUGCUUCCCUCGGAGCGACCACAAACAAAUCGAAUAAACCCUAA